AUGGGGACCCAUCAUUGACAAGAACUAGUCAUUACACUACAAGUUUCCACACCUUCAUGUAAAAUUUCAAGUAUCGAGUAAAUUCUAGUUGUACUGCUUCUACGCGUAAGAUGCUUGCCACCAUCCGGCUGGCAAGGAGAGUGAGACCUUCAUCCCUCAUUCUUUAUGGCUCACGGCUUCCUCCUGCCAGUCCACCUUUAGCGUUGCCCAGCCUCCAUCACCCAGCCUUAUACAGCAACAGACCGAAAAAGUCUAAAACCCAAAUUUGUACUGGCAGUACGUCCCAAAGAGAAAGGUCCAGAAGUAAGAGUUCAAGCAAGGGUAAUGAUGGAAAGAAAAAGGGUAAAUUUUGCAGUAAAAAGGAAGGAAAGGUUGAUAAGCAAAAGAGUAAAACUAAGAUGUGUGAAGGAAACCAACAAAAGAAAGAGAAAGACGUUAUAAAGAAAAAUAAAAAAGAAAGCGAUGAGACAACAAAUGCAUGUAAAGCACUUGAUAUCAAAGAUUCAGAUAAAUCUGAAGGUUUUGAAAGUUCUGAAGAGGAAUAUGUCAAGGCCGCUGAAAAGGAAUGUUCAGAUGCAGAAAUAUCGGAUCUCUCGGAUAAUGAGGAAACGCAAAUCAAAGCCGCCAGUGAGAUGUGUGACUGCGUGAAAGAAGCUAUAGCGAAAUCUACAGCGAGCAAAAAAGGAGGUGGAAGACCAGUUGAAAAGCCAUGCUCCCGCAGCUCAUUCAAAGAGAAAGGAGAUAAAGUUAAGCCAAAGGUGAGUGAACAUGUCAGAUGUUGUAAUGUCGAGAAGUCGAAGUUCGCUCCACGUGAGGAAGACCUCGAGAAAGAACAGCCAUGCAAAAACUUUAAAAGAGAUUCGGACAAAACUGGAAAAGGGAAAGAUAAAGGAGGAAAAAGUGAUAAGGAAAGCGGAAAGAGUGAACACGCUGAUAAGAAAAAUGAUCCAUGUGAGUGUAUUAAGAAAGCAUUAGAAAAGUGUAAAAAAACUAAAAAGUCGGAAGCUAAAGAAGUUGUAAAAGAAAAGGAGUCUAAAAAGGAAAAGCCAAAAAGUCUAGAACCUAAAAAAGAAUCUACAAAAAAGACCGGUUCUAAAAAAGGUGAUUCUGAAAAAACAGAUACUAAAAAGGACAAGCCUAAGAAACCUGAUGCAAAAGAAGAUCAGUCUGAAAAGACAGAUGCUAAAAAGAAAGAUUCUAAAAAGAAGGAUUCUAAAAAGGGAGGAAAUUCAGGAAAGCCAGAUCCGAAAAAAUCAAAAGGUCCUAAGAGUAAAAAGGACUGCAAAAAGAAACCUGUUGUUAAAUGUUUGUAAGUAAAUACAUUAUCUUGUACCCAUAA